AUGUCCAAUGUGUAUACAUUAAACAAUAUAAAAGAUAGAGAAGAUCCUAAAGGGGUCAGGUAUCAGCUGAGUAGUAUUUGCAAAUUAAAACUUGAGAAUGCAUUGCAUAGUAGUAUUAAAUCUGCUUCUGAUCUUGCUAAUGAAUAUAAAGACCUGCAAGGUAGAAAAGUGACCUUCACCCAGAAAGCUUUGUCUCUUGACAAGAAUGAGAUUCUUUGUCUUAAAGGUAAAAUAGAUAAACUGAAAGCCAAAGUAAAAAAAUUGGAAUCAAAGAUGAAAUUAGAAUACACAUCUUAUAAUUCAGAUACCACUUCAUUUAGGGAUAAAAUAAGCGAAUUAAAUUUCCUUAAUCAUAUAUUGAAGCAGGAAAAGGAUGAUUUAAAUUCAAAGAAACAUGAAUUGGAAGCCAAAAUAAAGGCAAGAAUUCUGAAAUUACCUCUCUUGGAGCUAAAAGUGAGAGAAUUGAAAGAUCAGUUAGAACAACAAAUAUUCCAGUCAUACUACAAACUGUACAUAAUAGAUGGAGCUAAAGCAGAUCUAGACUUAGCUGAGAACUCUGUAGAAAAAGAGUUCCUUUCUCAAGAAACUAAUACUCAUUUAGUAAAGCAGAUUUCGAAAGCAUCUAGUGAGUUUAAUAAAGUGAAUGGAGGUAAUAGCAGAUCAGAGAAAGUUAGUAGAAGAAGUGGUACAGGGGAAUCUAGAUAUAUUAGAUAUGAUAAUUUGAUAGUUUGUAGAUACCAUCCAGAUGAACCUAAAUGGGCAUUUGUUAGAUAUAUGUAUGGACUAAUUGCAAGUGAUUCCAAAGCACCAUAUUAUGAAAAUAUUAUGUUUAGUUAUAUCUUACUUGAAAAAAUCCCUAGCAUAAAAUCAUUUUCACCUAAGAGGAGCACCAUAAUUAUUUUUGAGAAUGGUGCAUCUAUGGUUAUUAACAGCUACCUCUGCAAAGGUAAAUUUGUUGUAUUUGAUCUCAGCAGCUCAAAGAAUGAUCCACUCACAAUUCAACUAAGGUUUGAUACUUCAUUAAACCUGCAGAAAGAGAUAGAGGCGAGGCAGAAGCGCAAAAAAAAAGUGCCUCAUCUAAUGAAUAGAAUUAGUCAAAUUGUAGAUCACCUAUUUUCUCAUAAAUUUGAAAAUAGAAAAAAAAAGUAA